AUGAUCAUAACCGAACCGGCAUUAAUUGCACUGGCUAAUAGAGAGGAAGCCAAUCGCAACGGUAAAAUGUCGACUAUAAUCUUUAUUCGAGACAAAAAUCAGCGUAAUCAGGAAAUAUCUGGAUACAUCGACUAUGCUCAUCGUCUCAAAACGGAGGACUUCGCCGGCUACUUUCUUCAAAAGAAGCGUCUGCUUCCCAGAAUUGGUGACUUGAGUUAUUUCAACUGGGAAACGCAGAACAUAACAGCUAACCCCACUCCAAACUAUGCGGUGAUUACGGAUAAUCCAGGUGGAAUUCUUUUCAAAAACAAACGGGAUCGUAAAAUUUUAAAUGUUGAUCCCUGGUUACCAUCUCCAGGAGACAAUACCACUCGCAAUGCCGUUCUUACGAAUGAGUAUUUACAGUUUGUGCUUUAUGAUCACAUUACCCGCAGGAAGACCUGA